AUGAAUAUUACAUUUAACAAAGAAUAUGAUAAUCUAUUUACUGCAUUAGCCGGUGAAUCUUGCCCGAAACAUAAUAUAACUGCCACAGAUGGGUCCAUACUACAGUACGGUGCAUCAUGCCUGGAGACUAUUUUUCCUACACCAGAUACGAUGGACUAUGCUUAUCAUUGCCCUCCCCUGAGUGAUAUUCCGUCCAGUAUUGAUAACUGCGACAAGCUACAAGGCAUUAUGGAAACGCAAACUCUUACAUUUAAGGUCCCCGAAAAGACCAGAUGCAAUAUUCAAUGUGAUAAAUUAGAUUUGUCAAAGGAUUUGCCUUCUCUCUCAAACCCUCCCUCUUAUAGUGGUGCUCAUUUUGAUACCCAGCCUGGGGUUGCUCUUAUUAUGGCUUCUCUAUUAUUAAUGAUUAUCAUGGGUUUCAAACACUAG